ACCAUCAAUGGCUGUGGAUUCUUCAGUUUUCGAUUCCGUUUGCUACAACGAUGUCGAAAAAGAAGAAGAAGAAGAAGACGACUACAUUGAUAUGGAAGUAAGCGCGUUCAAAAGUCUGUUCUGUCACUCGAAUCCAAGCGAAUUCGAGUUCCAGAUGUUUUCAAGCUCGUUAGAUAGAGAACUAACGACAACUUCUCCUGCUGAUGAGUUAUUCUACAAAGGAAAACUUCUCCCCCUUCAUCUCCCACCGCGCUUACAAAUGGUCGAAAAGCUGCUACAAGAUAAAAACAUGGAUACGUUCGAUGAGUUCUUUAGUACCCCAUUGGCUGCAAGCCCGUACGCAACACCUGCCGCGAGUACCCCAUUUGGAUCCUGUAAUGUUUCGCCUUUAAGUUCAUGUCAGGUCAGUAGGGAACUCAAUCCAGAAGACUACUUUCUUGAUAGUACAGCUGAAAACCCUAAAAAGUCAUGGACCAGAAAGCUUAAUCUGACAAAACAAUCUUCUAUUGGUUCGAAACUAAAAGCGUCUCGAGAUUAUCUCAAGUCUUUCUUUGGUAAAUCGAGCGGCUCGGAUGAAUCUAGAAACAAAAUGACAAGAACUAGCGGGAAGAAGAAAGAAAAACUUGAUGGAAACCACAAUGGUCUUCGUCAUCGGAGAUCGUUUUCUGGUGCAAUCAAGAGAUUUUCGACCACAAACGCUUCAUGUGGGCCUUCAUUGUUUUCAAAUUCAAGCAAUUCAAACAGUUCUAAUGAGUUGCAGGUUCAUCAUAGAAGCAUCACUACGAGUUCUGAUAUCGAAAACCAGAUACAAAGUGCGAUCGCCCAUUGCAAAAGGUCACAGCAGCAGUUGCAUUCAAGAAAGACGAUAAGUGAUAUGGGUUUUUGCUCCUUGGCAGCCUCAAGAAUAGCGUGUGAUGAUAAAGAAAGACAAGUACUUUGUAGGGGUUGAUGGAAUGAAAGAAAGAUUAAUUAAUGUCAUACAUUUGCAAACUUUGGUGUCAUUUGUGCAAAAGAUUCAAACUUACGGGCGUGUCUUGUACUUUA